AUGGUUGGGGAUUUCUACAUAAAAUUUAGAAAUGAGAGUAGUGUCUGUCGUGAGUAUGUAGUUGUCGUGGAGGAUGUGGAUGAGGAAUUUCAUGUCAUAUGUAACCCUUUUGAGCCUAUGAUUGUUUGCAGUUGCAGGAAAUUUGAGACGUAUGGUGUUCUUUGUUCCCAUGCUCCCAAAAUUUUAGAUGUACUAGAUAUCAAGAAAAUUCCUGAAUCAUAUGUUUUGAGGAGAUGGACUAGGGGAGUGAGGAAUAUUGAGGUGGAAGACAUUCAAAGAAAAUUAGUUAAGGAAAAUAUGAAGUUGGAUUAUACACAGCGCUACAAUGUUCUUUGUCCUUUGUAUAUUAAACUAAUUUCACAAGCAUCAACUUCAAAUGAGGGAUACACUUUGGAUCACAAAAAUGCCCAUGAGUUAAGUAAACAACUUCAAAAUCUACAAUGCAAUGAGGAGGAUCCAGAUGACAGUGCUGAGAGUCCCAUUGUGCAAUUACAGAACAAAGGGUUGAAGAAGAAAGAGAAAAGCCACUGUGGAAAAAGAAUGAAAUCUAGGGUUGAAAUGCAAAAGAAAAAGGCGAACAUGGGAGGUCAUUCCCAAUCCCAUGGUGCUCAUCAAAGUCAACCAAAUACAACCUCCUAUCCAGUACAAAUGGCUCCAUCUUAUAUAUGGCAUAGUGUGGAUAACUCAUCUUCCUUUACGACUCCAUCAAUGGGACAUAUUGGUUAUUCACAUUCAAGUUUAUAUUCCUCUCAAGGCUCAACAUCAGUGCCCCACCUUAGUUAA